AAUUCACGUUCUUUCAUUAAAUAGAAAAUAACUAAAGUUUUAUAACAAUGAUAAGAUGUGAUUCAUUAAACAACAGCACACAUCAAGGACGCGAUUAUGUUUUGCCUGAACCGAACCAGAGUCAUAAUCGUGGAAAAUAUAUUGAUGCUGUGUAUUCGCAAAACAAAGACAGCUAAAGUUAAAAAUAUUGAUGUAGCAGUCUCCUAACAGUAAUAAAUAUUAAACAACUCGAUAAAUAGGAAAAAAAGAAGAAACAAGAAAGAAAAAAAUCAAUCCUUUAUUUGAUAGAGAAUUUUUUAAGAUUCGAAGGGUAUGAAUUAUAUUCAAGUAUAAAUUUUAUUGUUUAUACGGAUACACGCGUACCAGUCGUAAUGUAAAAAUGUACAUCAAAACAGCAUCAACAUUAAUAGAAGAAGCUUGUUUAAAUACAAAUAAUCAUGUAGUUUGUGAUAACAUAGACUUGGAUACUAUUCUUAUAGAAUACGAAAACUAUUAUUUUUUACGUUAUCAGAAAAAACCACAAAUUAGUAAAUCGUUGGAUAUUGCAAAAUCUGAUACUCUUAAUGCUACAAAAAAUAAAACCAAAAUUAGUAAAAAAUCAAAUACAAAUCAACAUUCACAAGAUAUUCAAACAAUAGACACUAAUUUUAUUACAGUAACUCCUUUAAAUAUUUUUAAUGAAUCCUUAGAAGAAGAAUAUUGUUUGCCUUCUAUUGAUCUCGGAUAUUGGAAGGACGAAUGGCGAGUAUACGCAGAAAUUAUAUCAAAAGAAAUUUUAGUCACUAAUCCAAAUGUAAAAUGGUCAGAUAUUAAAGGACUUUCGACGCCUAAGAAGUUAUUAGAUGAGGCUAUCGUAUUACCAACAAAAUAUCCUGACUUAUUUACUGGACUUUGUACCCCGUGGGCAGCAAUGUUAUUAUAUGGUCCUCCUGGUACAGGAAAAACAUUGCUUGCUAAAGCGGUAGCGACUGAAUGUAAAACUACAUUUUUCAAUAUCACACCUAGUACACUUGUUGCUAAAUGGAGAGGAGAUUCUGAAAAACUUAUUAAAGUAAUGUUUGAAAUGGCAGAACAAAUGUCACCAAGUACAAUAUUUAUUGAUGAGUUAGAUACAAUUGCAUCGAAACGUAUUGACCACGAAGCUUCUCGUAGACUAACAUCUGAAAUAUUAAUACAUAUGGAUGGUCUCCUACGUUCGGAAAAACGAAUAUUUCUAUUGGCAACAUCAAACCAUCCGUGGGAAUUAGAUCCUGCGAUUUUUCGUCGUCUUGAAAAACGUAUUUUUGUUGAUUUACCGGAUGUUAAAGCUAGAAAAGAUAUGUUUAUAUACUAUUUAUCGGAAAUGCUACAAAAACACAAGUAUAUCAAAUGCGACAUUGAUAGUGAUAGUCUUGCUCAGGAAACUAAUGGUUAUUCUGGUGCAGAUAUAAGACUUGUAUGUAAAGAAACAGCAAUGCAGGCUAUGCGUUCAAUAUUUCAAGUUUUAGAAAAAAAAGCUGAUAAUAAAAUCAAUUUUACAAUAACAACUAAAGAAGUCAAUAAUGCAAUUUCAAAAACUAAACCAUCAACAAGUGAGGCAGAUAAUAAUAAAUAUAAAAUUUGGCAAUCACAAUAUGCAUCAUGUUAACUUCAAGAUGAAUUAUUUAAACGUAGGACCUAAGUAUUAGAAUACCUACAAACAUUUUUUUUUUUUUAUAGGUACCUAUAUAGGAGCUUAUGAAUUAAUGUAUUUAUAUAAUAUAAAAUAUAAAAUUACUAAUAUAAAUUUUUAUAUAAAUAUAAUUAAUUACAAAACACUUAUUCUUAGUACACACCCUAAAACACAUGAAUAUAAAUAAAUGAUACCUUUAUAUAUUAUGCUUUUUUAAUCACACGGUGUAAUUCACACCUAAUACGCAGGGUGAUUUUUUAAUGUUUAAUCAAACAAAAUAAAUUAGGUACUUAUUUCAAAAUCUAUUAACAUUUUUAAAUAUAUUUGUCGUGCGUAAUUUACAGUCGAAAUAAAACAUUUUUAUCGUUAUAAUUUUUAAAUUUUUACUUUUUUGAAUCAUGGCAUACAUUUUUAUAUUCAUAUUUUACAUCAAAAUAUUUAGAAUAUGAUUAGAUAUGAUAAGUAUAACAGUAUAAGUAUUUACUAUCUUUUGAUUACCUAUAAUAAAUAAUAUAUUAUUAUUA